AGCGUCAGUCGCCGUUCGACGCUCAACAAACGGCUAGUUCCAGCAAAAGCGCUCUGAAAAGCGAUACAGAGUAUAUACGAUAUUAAGGAUGAGAUUGAUUUGUGUAACGCUGCUGCUGCUUGGCGGCGCACUGUGCAGCGCCCAGGAUGCGUCGGCGGGUGCCAGCGUUGUCAGCGGCGCGGAGGCAGCUGCCGCCGUGGAUAGCCUAACGCCUAACGGCAAUGCCAAUGACACCGCCGAGGAGAAGCCGCGCAUACCCAGCCAGGAAGAGUUACUCGCCCAGAUGCCGCCCCUGCAGCCCCUAAACAGUGGAAUACCCUCUCUGGAUGCGUUCUAUAUGAUGUUCCCGGCGCUGAGCAGCCUCCUGCGCUGGGGCAGCCUCUUUCCGGCACAGUCGCUGCUAGGCGCCGUGCCGGACACACUGCAGCCGGCCGCCUCGAAGGUGGUGCUCGUGCUGGCGGACGAAGCCAAUGGACACAAGUCGCGUGUAACGCGUCAGGAUGCAACCGCACAACCGGCGCCAGCUCCGGCGGCACCAACAGCGAUGAACGGAGCCGCGAUGCUGCAGCAAAUGCAGCAGAUGCUUGGCCAGAUGCCGCCUCCAAAUCUAGGCCAGAUGAUGCCUCCAAAUCUAGGCCAGAUGAUGCCACAAGUGCCCGCCGGCUGGCUGCCGGAUGGCUUUACGCUAGGCCAAAUGCCGCCGCUGCCGGAUAACUUUAAUCUGGGUCAAAUGCCACCAAUGCCGGAUGGCUUCAAUCUUGGCCAAAUGGCGCCCGUUAUGGCCAACUUUGGCCUGCGUCCGCUGGAGGGUCUGCUCGGCCAGGCGCCAGUCGCGCCCGCCACCACAGCUGCGCCGCCGGCAGCCAAGCCGGCGAGCGAGUCGGAGCCGGCGCCAGCGCCAGCGGUGGGUCAGGCGCCACCAGCAGCAGGAGCCGGAGGAUUUGGCGCUCUCUUCGAUGGCGGCAGCAAUCUGCUGGGCCAAGCCUUCAGUGGCAUGCCCGCAGCGCCCACGCCGGACGCCUUCAUGGCUGGCCUGCGCCAGUUCUGGCCGGGCGCAGCGCCGCCCACGGGCGACAGAAGCGCCCAGGCCUCGGAAAUAUCGGAGGUGCGCGUCAAGCCGGAUAACCAGGACACGAUCGGUUAUCGGGCGCCACAGCAGGCGCACGCACAGAUGGCCCAAAUGAAGAUCAAGUCCGCGCUGCAGCUGGAGCAGGAGAAGCAGCGCGUGCCGCUGCUCUGGUUCCGCAUGCCCACCUCCGAAACGCAACAGUCCAAGUCCACGGAACGUGUCCAGAUCGAGUCCAAGCUGCAGGCCUUCGAGCAGCAGGUAAUCGCCGAGCUGCAACAGCUCCAGCAGAUCGAGCGCCUGGCGCGGGAGAUGCGCGCAAAUGCCCAGGGUGAAACGCCCGCAUACAAGCUGCGCUAUCCGCUGAGCCGCACGCCCGUCCACAAGAUCACCCGGGCGGACAUUGAGCGCGCUUUGCGCGACGACUAUGUGCGCCGCCUGCUGCAGAAGGAGGCGCAGCGCAAGACGAACUUCAAGCGACAGACGCAGCCGGAGCAGCUGCUCACCAAGGAGGACAUCGUCAAGGUCAUGGCCUAUGCCUAUCGCAUGGCCAACGAAAAUGCCGAACGGAAGGCCAAGGAGGACAAGUUCUAUGCGGCCUACCGAGCCGCCGAGACAGCGGAGCCAGCGGAGCGACAGCAACAGCAAUGGGAGCUCCAGCAGCAGCGUCAGUGGACGGAGGAUCAGGCUAAGGCGCAGCAGCAGGCAAAGGAUCAGCAGAAUGACAUGAUGAUGCGCCAGGCCAAGGCGCAGCAGGAGAUGAUGCAACAGCAGCCGAAUCCCAUGAUGAUGCGCCAGUGGACGGAGGAACAGAUCAAGGCCCAUCAGCAGGCAAGGGAUCGACAGAAUUCCAUGAUGAUGCGUCAGUGGACGGAGGAGCAGGCCAAGGCGCAACAGCAGAACACCAUGAUGAUGCAGCAGCAGCAGCAGAAUCCCAUGAUGAUGCGUCAGUGGACGGAGGAGCAGGCCAAAGCACAGCAACAGCAGGCAAAGGAACAGCAAAUGCGUCAGUGGACGGAAGAUCAGGCCAAGACACAGCAGCAGGCCCAGGAGCAGCAACGCCAGUGGACGGAAGAUCAUGCCAAGACACAGCAACAGGCAAACGAGCAGCAGAAGCCCAUGAUGAUGAUGCGCCAGUGGACAGAGGAACAGGCCAAGGCACAGCAACGGGCGGAGGAUCAGGCCAAUGCACAGCAAGCGAUGCAGCAACAGAAUCCCAUGAUGAUGAUGCGUCAGUGGACAGAGGAUCAGACCAAGGCACAGCGGGAUCCACAACAGUUUCAGCAGCAGCAGAUGCCCAUGAUGAUCCAGCAACAGAAUCCCAUGAUGAUGCGCCAAUGGACAGAGGAUCAGGUCAAAGCUCAGCAGGCAAAGGCCCAGCAAGAGAUGCAGCAGCGUCAAUGGACAGAGGAACAGGCCAAGGCGCAGCAGCCGCAACAGAUGUCCGAGAAAUCCAUGGAACAGGCAGCCGAACGCCAGUGGGCGGAUGAGAAGAUGCGGGCCAUGCAACAGCAACAGCAGCAGCAACAGCAGGAGCAGCAGCAGGAGCCGCAACAGAACAUGGAGCAGCCGGAUGAGGAGUCGGUGCUGGGCGAGGCCAAGCCGCAGAUGCCCGAAAAUGCUGGCCAGGCACGGCACAAAGUGGACGCGCUUGGCCUCGGCGGCGAUCAUCGCAGGAAAUCCAAAUCCCAUUCGUCGCCCACCAUCAUCAACUACUACCACAGUGCGCCGGCGGCCAGUUACGGCCAGGGCUACGGCCAGGGCUACGGCCAGAGCUACGGCCAGGGCUACAGCCAGAGCCACGGCCAGGGCUACGGCCAGAGCUACGGCCAGAACUCCGCCCAGACCUAUGGCCAGAGCUCUGGACAGGGCUAUGGCCAGAGCUCUGGACAGGGCUAUAGGCCCAGCUAUGGCACCAGCUACGGCGGCGGCGGCCAAGGCUCCAAUGCAUAUGGCGGCUAUCGUGCGGCCAUUGGCAACGACGAGAUCGACUCCAUGCUGCAACAGCAUCAGGUCAUGGCGACAAUAAAACCCUACAACAACAACAACGACAACAACAAGGAUGAGCAGCUGACCAGCGGGAACAGCAGCUCCUCCGCAUCCCCAGACCCGUCCUCGUCCAGCAGUCAUCACAUUGAGAAAAGGUUAGCAAAUUUUUGUAGCAAAUCCUCGCCAGCAUUGCGACCUGGCAGCUGCAGCUGCGGCAGCGCUAACUGCGCCUGCGGCAGCAGCUGCCGUUGCGCCGCUGCCCGAGCUCAAUCCCAGGGCCAAUCCCAGGGCAAAUCCCAGGGCCAAUGUCCGUGCCAGCGGGCUGAGCAGGCUGGCCGGCGCAGACGCAGCGCGGAAUAUGGCACGCUGGAGACCAUUGACGAGGGCUCGCUGAAUGCGCUGAGGAAGGAGUAUAAGCUGGGCCUGAAGGAGAUCACGCUCAGUCCGGACGAGGAUCCGGCCGAGGCGCUGAUGCGCUACAAUGCGGCAUCCAUACGCGAGGCGCUCGAGCGUGCCAGCCAGGAGCCGCUGGAGAUCAACGGCGAUCAGCUGACCUCGGGCGAAAUGGCCGCCCACCAGGAGGAGGAGCUGGAGUAUGCCACCGAGCCGCCGUUGGUGACAAGCACCUCCGCAGCUCCGGCCAUUGUCAGCAGCAGCACGGAGCGUGCCCAGCAGGAUGGGCCCAGCAGCGAACGGGCUGCGAUAACCGCAGAGCUGGCCGCGACGCGCGCCGAAUUCAAGCAGCUGUACGGCCUAAUCGAGAGCCUCAAGGAGCAGCUGACCAAGGCGGAGCAGCGGCUGCGGGAUUGCAGGCAGCCCGAGACAGCCACAACGAGCAGCAGCAGCAGCAGCAGCACGAGUACGAGCACGAGCACGAGCACGACCACGAGCACGAGCACGACUGAGGCGCCGGUGCCCUGGGCGCAUCUGCUGGCCAGCAAAGGCUACGAUACCAACUAUCUGUCCAAGUCGCACGAGCACCAGUAUGCCCAGGGCGGGCAGCUGGACAUGCCCAAGCCGGAGUCAACGGGCUCCGGUGAUUAUAGCUACCAGGAGCUGCAGCCCUACGAGCCGGACAAUAAGCCCAAGCGCGCCACGGAUGUCAAUAUCAGCACCACGUCGACGUCGACGACGACGACGGAGCAUUCGACUGCGGCGCUGCAGCAGGCGCAGCAGCUAAAUGCGGCGCUCCACAGCAAUGCCAUAGCUGAUAAUGGAGCAGCAGCAGCAGCCGCCGGCGGCGAUGAUGUGGGCAACACGAGCACCAGCACGGCCACGCCGUAUGCGCUGCGUGGUAAAUUUGUGCGCAGGCGGAGCACCGCCAGGCUGGGAUUGCGGACGACGCGCCAAGCGAAGGUAACGAAGGCAUCCAGCGAGAAUGCGGAGCUGUCGUUGUUGCGUGCGCGCAGCACGAAGCUUGAUCAACUGAUCGAUGUCUUACACGAACUCCUACGUUUGCAGCUCCAGCGGGAAAAUGCGCUCGCCAAGAUAACCAGCUCCAGCUCCAGCGUUAGCUCCACCCGGCGUCCCAGCAAAGCCUCGAACCGUUUGCGCCGGCGACGUAAGCAGCGUCCGAGCAGCAGCCCCAAAAACAUAAAUUCAUCUAUUUAAAUCAACAACAAAAAUUUACCAUUAACUUUAACAUUAA